CUUAAAAGAAGGCAGGCGCCUACAUCGUAAUUUUCUUGUUUGACGUGCUUUCCUCGAUCGACUCUACUCUGCUAUAUUCUCCUAUCCUUUCUCUAUCAUCCUGCCAAUUCCUUCUUUCUUGCGUUGAAGCUAUACGUUCCUAUAUAUUGGUGUAUAUAUAAGUGUCCACGCCUACUAGGCGCAUCCUCUGAUACUUACCCGUCACCCACCGUCACCACCGCCCCUCCAACCGCCGCAAUGGCUCUUCCCCUCGCCUUCCUGGGCAUAAUCUACCUCCUCGUCUCCUACGUUGGCUACCUCGUUCUCCAAUCCAUCCUCACCAAGCGCCACAAUGCCCGCCGCGCGCGCGAGCUCAAGUGCCUCGACCCGCCCGCCCUGCCGUCUACGCGCAUCCUCGGUAUCGACCAUCUCAAGACCGCCCUAGCAGCCGACAAGAACAAGGAGUUCCCCGUCGAGUUGGGACGGCGUCAGGACCAGGUUGGCGCACCGACGUUCACGUAUUCGACGAUGGGGUCGACGAUGAUUUUCACUUCUGACGAGAAGAACAUCCAAGCCAUCCUCGCGACACAGUUCAAGGACUUCGUCAUCGGCCACAAGCGCCGCCGCAACUUCUUCCCCCUCCUUGGCAAUGGCAUCUUCACACAGGACGGCGCAGGCUGGGAGCACUCUCGCACGAUGAUGCGCCCCCAGUUCGCGCGCGACCAAGUCUCCGAUCUCGACCUCGAGGAACAGCACGUACAGAACCUUAUGCGCGCCAUCGUGCCCAACGCCAACGGAUGGACAGAUACUAUCGACCUGCAAGUCCUCUUCUUCCGCCUCACACUCGACUCCGCGACUGAGUUCCUCUUCGGCGAGUCCGUGGACAGCCAGCUCGUUGGACUGCCAGGAUACGUAAAGGACAGCUCGCGCGACGAGAGCCAGGACGAGGAAGUCUUCGCCGCGGCCUUCGACAAGGGACAGAGCGUCCUGGCUACGCGCUCGCGCAUGCAGGGACUCUACUGGCUAUACAACCCCAGUGACUUCAAGAAGUCGUGCACAGACUGCCACGCCUUCAUCGACCACUUCGUUCGCCUCGCUCUGUCCAAGGAUCUCCCCAGCGCUGCUGAGAAGUCCGCCCCCGCCGACGCUGAGAAGGGGAAGAAGGAGAAAUACGUCUUCCUCGAGGCUCUCGCCGCUGAGACACGCGACCCGAUUGAGCUGCGCUCGCAGAUGCUGAAUAUUCUCCUCGCUGGACGUGAUACCACCGCCUCGCUGAUCGGAUGGGUGUUCUACUCUCUCGCGCGCGACCCGGUGCGCUACGCUAAGCUGCGCAACAUCAUCCUCGAGGAGUUCGGGACCUACAGCCAGCCGCGCGACAUCACCUUCGCGCGCCUAAAGUCGUGCCAGUACCUGCAGUACGUGAACAACGAGGCGCUCCGUCUUUACCCCGUCGUGCCGGUGAACUCGCGCACGGCGAACAAGGAUACCACGCUUCCCCGUGGAGGGGGACCGGAUGGGAAGAGCCCGAUUUUCAUUCCGAAGGGGAGAGCGUGCGAUUACAGCGUGUUCGUGAUGCAUAGGCGUAAGGAUCUUUGGGGAGCGGAUGCGGAUGAGUUUAUUCCUGAGAGGUGGGAGAAGAGGAGGGUUGGGUGGGAUUUCUUGCCGUUCAACGGCGGCCCACGCAUCUGUAUCGGUCAGCAAUUCGCGCUCACCGAGGCGUCGUACGUGAUCGUGCGUCUGCUGCAGCGCUUCGACGCGGUGGAGAACCAGGACUUCAGCGGCAAGGCGCUGCAUAACCUGACGCUCACGAGCUGUAGCGGGACGGGGGUGGUGGUUAAGCUGCAUGCUGCGGAGGAGUAGGUGGUGAAUAGGG